AUGCGUCAAGAUUCAUACCUGCCCUUGUCGACCAAUCAGAGAUCCAGCUCUGUUAACGGCACCUGGGAGCCUGAUGGCGUCACUUUCUUCAUCAUCCAGGGCCUCGCCAGCCUUGGUGAGAAAAAGAUGAUAGUUUUUGUCCUCCUGCUUCUGGGUUACAUCAUCAUCCUGGGAGGAAACAGCAUGAUCAUCUUUGUGGUGCUGACUGAUUCAAAGCUCAACUCUCCCAUGUAUUUCUUCCUCUCCAACCUCUCCUUCGUGGACAUCCUCUUCACCACCACCACCAUCCCCAAAAUGCUGUCGGGCCUCCUGACAGACGUGAAUACCAUUUCCGUCCCAGGCUGCUUCCUCCAGAUGUAUUUCUUCUUUCAGCUAGGUGUAACUGACUAUGCCAUCCUGACUGUCAUGGCAUACGACCGCUACGUGGCCAUCUGCAACCCUCUGCGCUACACGGCGGUCAUGACUCGGCCCGUCCGGCUGCUCCUCAUCGCAGGAGCCUGGAGUUUUGCCGCCUUCUGCACACUACCAGCUACCUCCGCAGCGGCUUUACUGCGGCCCCAAUGUGGAGUCCUCAUCCUCACCUCCUACAUCCUGAUAGGUGUUUCCAUAUCGAGGAUGGGUGUCGCUCAAAGGCUAAAGGCCUUUGGGACGUGUGCCGCCCACCUGACUGUGGUGUCCAUCUCUUACAGCUCGGCCUCGUUUGUAUACAUCUCCUACAGGGUGGGAAACUUUUCACCUGAGGACCGUAUCAUUGUGUCUGUGCUGUUCUCCGCUCUGACUCCUUUCCUAAACCCGAUGAUCUACAGUCUGAGGAACAAGGAGCUGCGAGAGUCCAUCAGGAGGACUCUGAGCAGGUUCAGACCUGCUGCUGUGUUGCCCACAAAGGACGUCCACACAGUGUCCUGA